AUGAAUAGUUUAGAACCUGAAACCACAUUGCGCUACAAGACAAUUCAUAAUGCAAUCCUAGCCGAAUUGAAGGAGCAUGGCUUCGCGGCAGUAAAAGCGUUCAAAAAACUGGCGAAAGGGGUCUUUCAAAGAAACAAUGAACAAGCACUGGAAUUCAGAGAAAGAGUAAAAGCUCUAGUCCGACGUCCCCUACCGCAAGUGGAUGAGACACUCAAAUACUAA